CCGUAUAUCAUGAUGAUUCUUGUCCAUCUAUUUGCGCUGGUGCUCGCGUCGACUCCCGCGCUUGGUCAAAUAGUCUACGACAGUAUCCACAACGCUACAUCGCUCGUCGGCACCUGGAGCUCAGGUAGCAAAGGGGUCGUCACUGGAUCGGGCUUCGCAGAUCCUGCGAACAAAUCUUUCACGUAUGCAAAGACGACGGGAGUCUCUUAUUCCUUCACUGGUGAUGGUUUCUAUGAAAUUGCACGGUAUCGGUUUAAGGGCAAUGCGUCACAACCCAACUGCAUUACCGGCAUCAUCAACUGGUCUCAUGGAACGUACGACCUCGUCAGCAAUGGGUCCAUCGUCAUGACGCCUUUCGGCGAUGGCUACCAGCAAAUCCAGGACACCUGCGCAGCCGUCUCAAAUUUCAUCGAGGACUACAACUAUACCGAGCUGUACCAGUCCUGGCGUAUAUUCACGGACCCGACUGAUGGUUACAAGCUUCACCUCUUCGAAUUCGACGGCUCCCCCGUCGCGCCCCAGUUCCAAGUGUCUGCAUCACCGAACAUGCUCCCGACCCGCAAUCUGCGCAACACCACC